AUGCCCACGGAAAACCCCCUUGAAAAAGUAACCAAGUGGGAGGUCACCACGUGCUGGCAGAAGCACAAGAAAAUAAACAUCGCCUUCGUGGAGAGGCGAAAAAGGAAAAAUGGGAAAACAGUUUGGGCAAGAAAAGUGAAAAAGAUUUAUUUGUGCCCAAAGGAAAGCACCUUCAGCCCCCUUUUAGAUAAAUACGUUCGCUAUGAGGACGUGGUGAAGUUGGAGCGGCACCUCACUCGUCACUUGGCUCACAAGAACAUCAUAGUGAUGGAGAGUUUCUUUCACGUUAAUGAUGAAGUUGUUAGUGUGUAUCCCUUCGGGGGGGUAUCCCUGAUGAGGUGGAAUACGCGUGAGAAGCUCUUCCAGCUUCAGUGCAUGGAGGGGGGGAGGAGGAGCAGCAGCAGGAGGAGGAGUCGUGCUGGGUCUUCCCACCGAUCAGCAGGCAGAAAUGCCCUGUACGCAGCGGGCGGAAUGGCCCCACACACACCGCUUGGGGAGCAACUCCACGAAGCAGUGCACACAAUAGCCGCGGCGAAAAAAACAAAGCGCACGUACGUCUACCCAGAGUACCUCCUCGCAGAAAUAAUUAGGCAGCUGCUGACUGCGUGCCACUACCUAAACGAGCAACACAUUUUCCACAGCGACAUAAAGCCAUCAAACAUCGUUGUUAAAAAUGUAAAAAAAAAAAAUAUGAACAAAAUAUAUUUCUGUAGGAGGGAAAAAAAAUGGUACUUGCAAAAAAUGGGAAGAAUUUUAAAAAAAAAAAUUUUCGUCAAAUUGAUUGAUUUUGAACAUGCACAGAAAACAUCCCAAGGGAAAGUCAAUGUAGGUGGCACAACGUCGCUGUUUAAACCAUUGGAGGAUUUUCAAAUGGGAAGAAUUAAUGCUUUGCCGAAGAAUGUAUGGGCACUGGGAAUUACUCUUUUCAUUUUGUCUACAGGUGCACACCCCUUCAGUCGAAUUAACAACGAUAUGCACAUUUGGUAUGUGCUGCAGGGCAAGGGGUUUGACGUGUGCAGGCGCUUCCGCAGGUACCCCUUCAUGUCUAGCUCGCUCAAGGACCUGCUCGCGCGCAUGCUGCAGGUGGACUUCGCCCGCAGGGCCACCCUCCCCGAGUUGUUCCUCCACCCCUUCGUCCUCUUCGGGGGGGCGGUGGAGUGGCGGAGCGGUGAAGCGGUAAAGCGGUGA